UUGGGUCAUGCUGACCCGGGACGGCGAGAUCGUGCCUAUUCCUGGGGAGAAGAUACUGCACACCUCGCGGCCGCGGGUCGCUCUCGAAAUCUCGACACCGCGUGAGCUCCAGAUUGCAGAGCCGUUCUCACUCAAAUGUGACAACGGCAUCGCCUACAUCACAAACGAGCGGGUCAUCUACCUCCCAGCCAGGCCCAGCGAGAAUUUCAAGUCCUUCUUUACGCCCGUGCUGAAUUUCCAGGACACCCACGUCCAUUCGUCAUGGAUUGGCCCUUGGAGCUGGGGUGGGGUUGUCAGGCCUGUUCCCGGGGGAGGUAUUCCCAUGCAUAUUCCCCGAAUAGACGUCAAGUUCAUCUUCAGGGACGGCGGCCACAGCGACUUCCAAACCAAAUAUGAGUGGCUCAAGGAGCGUCUGCAUCACGCCCAGGAACUGGGACUCAUGCCGGGCCAGAAUCUCGAGCCGCCACCGCCUUAUGACGCAGCCCCUCCCGAAUCGGCGGCAGGUCCUUCCGGCAAUGUCUCGGCCAGUGCUGAAUCCCGGAACCAACCUCCUCAGCCUGCUCCUGAUGAGCCGCCUCCGGAUUAUGUGGAAGCGCAGACCCAGGCCGUCGCUAUGCGGUACGAGGAGCGCAUGCGGGAGGAAGCAGAGAGGCAAUGAGAACCAAGGAAUAGUGUGGAUUGAAACGGAAAUGGGAUUCGGCCCAUUUUGACUCCCCUUUGAGUUUUCCUUUGUUUCUCAACCGUUCACUCACCGACUUGUUGCACUGCCGACCCUUGAUGUCAUCAGUGUUGAGUUUUUGCAUUGCAGUUGGUUAUAGCAGUGGAUUCGAGCCUUUUCUGAGAGAGCCGUUCUGAGCCUUUCUGUUAGGCGAAGGCGUACAGUCGUCAUUGAUUUCAGCCAGUGUUCGUCCCGGCUAUUCUCCAGUCAUAAUUCGUGCGGAUGGAAAUAACCCCCAGCAAGGACGGGUCUAUAUUGGGUCUUGCGGUGAAGGAUCGGCCAAUAGUGAUUCUGUAGCGUGGAAGAUGCUGGUCUUAGAGAAGAUAACACAAUUUGCCUGCUUAUGCCGUGAGCGUGGUGUGACUGUUGGGUACCUGCUUACGACUUUGAGCUGCAUGGC